AUGACACAUAAGAUCAAUUUGAUGUCCGGAGGCUGUGCCGGUGGCUGCGAGGCUGAGAUGGUUGAGAUGAAAAAACGCUUGGCCAGGCUGGAGAGAGAGAUGUCCUUGUUGAAGAACAAAUGUCCAUGUUCUGCAAAUUGCCCAAAUGAUUGUAGUGGCAAUGGAGAAUGUCAGAAAGGAAAAUGCAUCUGCCAAGAUGGAUUCAAGGGUCCAGACUGCAGUAACUGUGCCCAAGGAGCAGAGUGCAGAAAACAAGAAGCCAAAGGGAUCAUCAAGGUAAAAGUGGACACAGAAGCCCAGAAAGCGAAUAAAGAAAGAACGACUAUGGAGGAAAACAUCCAGGAAAGAACCAAAAGUGUAGAGCAGGUACAACUGGAGAAGAAUGACCAGAAGAAGGUGACUGGUGACAAGGAGAGUGAGACCAAAUCAAAGUUAGCCGGUACUGCUAAAUUAGGUCUUGCAAAGGCACAAAGAAUGUUCAAUAACUUCACAGUGAUCAGAAGAGAGCCACAAACAGAAGGCAAUGAGGAGGAGGAUCAGGAGUUCGAAGAGGAAGCCUUUGAGACAGACAAUGUCCACGCAUCGAAGAACACAAUGGAGGUCCAGGUGCACAAGGAGAGCGCGUUUUCUUCGAGUAAAGUCGUUGCAUCAAGAAGUAAAGCAGAAACCAAGCGGAUCAUGCUGUUGGUGCCAGGCAGCGUGCGGUCAGUUGAGUUCAGUAACCUUCGCAGUAACACGCGCUAUGUCCUGGAAAUAUACGGUACAACAGAUAACAGAAGAUCCAAGAUUCACAGAGUUAUUGCAACUACAGGUCCCGAGCCGGCCACAGAUAUGCAGUUCAGUAAUAUAACGGAGACUUCACUCAUGGUAUCCUGGUCCAAACCCAAGACAACAAUCACAGGCUACACGAUCACAUAUACCCACAUUGUCACAGGUGAGACCCAUUCAGUGAACUUGGACUCUCAGAAGACUCAUGUGGUUCUUUCCAAGUUAUCCGCUGGAUCGUCCUACAUAAUCACAGUUACCACUACACAAGGCAGAGUCCAGGGUGAUGGACUUGUGUCCAUUAUCACCACAGUGCCCGCACCGCCAACCCACCUCCGAGCCAUCAAUGUGACAGAUACCAGAGCGGUGCUGCAAUGGACCCCCAGCAUGGGAAAGGUAGACCGUUUCAUCGUCAGCUACGAGUCCUCCAAGACUCCUAAUGUGACUGUGACAGUGAUGGUGUCUGGAAACUCAGUGGAGCACCAGCUGAGAGGCCUGCAAAGGGGCACCGUAUACACAGUCAAAGUCCUGAGCCAGAAGGACAGCCUUCAGAGCGCAGCCAUUACGACGUCUUUCACCACUGCCAACGUGGUCAAAGCCAGCGAAGUGGGUGCUCGCUCUGCUCUGAUUGUUUGGAGAAUGUCCACUGUGGUUUAUCACAGCUACAGGUUGACCUACCAAGUGGUAGGAGAGGAGGCGAUGGAGCUUAUCCUCGAGCCUACCAUCACAGAGUAUAAACUGACGGGGCUGUUCCCAAUGUCACGCUAUAACGUUCUGGUCGAAGGCGAGAGAGACGGACGUUACACAUCAAUUGUAACCACCGAAUUCAUCACAGGGAGGCUGCGUUUCCCCUACCCGACUGAGUGCUCUCAGGAGCUGCUAAAUGGAGCUCUUCAGUCCGGUGAGGUGGACAUCUACCCUCAGGGGAAGGGGGGCCAGGUCUUCAGAGUCUACUGCGACAUGGAGACUGAUGGAGGCGGUUGGACGGUGUUCCAAAGAAGAAUGAGUGGAAAAACAGAUUUCUACAAAACCUGGAGUGAAUACAGAGCUGGAUUUGGAAACCUCAGUGAAGAGUUCUGGCUCGGAAAUGAGCUUCUGCACAACUUGACCAGCAUCGGUCCUGUGAGUUUGAGGGUAGACCUGCAAUCUGGAAACGAAACGGCUUAUGCUCACUACGCCAACUUUUCCAUUGAUUCUGAGGAGAAUCAUUUUGCACUCGUGGUGUCCGGAUACACAGGAACAGCAGGUGACUCAAUGAGGUACCACAACGAACGUCCAUUCUCAACCCGGGAUAAGGACCCCGACUCUUUGGGGAUCCACUGUUCUCGGGCCUACAUGGGAGGUUGGUGGUACAAAAACUGCUACAAAGCCAACCUCAACGGGCUUUACGGCACCAACACAAACAAUCAGGGGGUGGUGUGGAUAGACUGGAAAGGUAAAGACUCCUCCAUUCCCUUGACGGAGAUGAAGUUCAGACCAUCCAGGUUUUCCCCCUCGACACACGGUUAAGGAUGACCAAGCGCUCGAGCACUCCAGAUGAAGGAUGCGGGAGUCGGCGGUGUUUUCCCAAGUCACUUUUCGCCGGUCCCACUCCACCAGGGCCUCAUCUCGGUUGAGCUCUGCAUUCUCGUUCCAUUUCUACUUUUCUGUCAGGCCCAUCCAGUUCAAGCGGCUGGCG